GAAAGAGAGCACUCACAUGAUGAGGGGCUGAUCUCCAGUCUGCUGAUUGCACUGCAGGGAGAUGGGGUGGGAGAAACAUUAGAACAGUUACUGUUUAAUACGUUUCUUUUCACAAUACACUGUUUGGCUCAAGAAGAUGGGUGCAAAAAUAUGUAAACUUUUCCAAAAACUUUACUCUUUUUCUCGGUUUAAGAGGAAUACAGAGGAACAUGAUGAGUCAAGCCACUUACUACCCAAGUAUACUGUCAGACAACAGAAGGCAGAAUGUGCUCAAGAAUCUAACGGUUUUCAAUACUACACCCAUGAAAGUGGGGCUGGUGUGGACAACUCCAUAGCCUCUGAUUCCAUUCCGCAGAAAGAUUGGCGACUUAAUACCUAUCGCCCUGAUCCAUUUGUACCGCUUAUUAAAUAUUUCAUGUUUGUCUUCAACUUCAUCUUCUUUACUGUGGGAGUUUCCAUAUUGUGCAUUGGAUUUUGGGGGCUUUCAGACAAGCAAUCAUUGAUAGGUGAAAAAAUUGGUAAUCUAAGUACAGACCCCAUGCUCAUAUUUGUACUGGUGGGCCUGAUAAUGUGCGUCUUGUCAGCAUCAGGAUGUGUGGGCUUCAUCAGAGAGAAUGCAGGCCUUCUCAAAUUUUUCUUCGUUGGAAUAAGCAUUCUGAUAUUUGCACAAUGCUUGACUGCAAUGGUAGUCCUGUGUUUUCAUGAUCAGAUUCAGGAUUCUGUGAAGAACACCAUGCUGGUGUCUGUGAGAAGAUACCAAGAUGAUUCAGAUAUAAAGUUUAUAUUGGAUGAGAUUCAGCUUGGCAUGGAGUGUUGCGGAGUUCAGUCCUACGAAGACUGGUCGGUUAACCUGUAUUUUAACUGUAGUUCUCCUGGAGCUAAUUCUUGUGGAGUCCCCUACUCAUGUUGCAUUGACCCACUUCAAAAUGGCACGGUACCCAAUUCUCAGUGUGGAUUUGGAGCCCUAGGAAUGACUGAAGGUAUGGCUGGAAGUCUGAUUUACCUUGGAGGAUGUGUUCCCCAAAUGGCUGUUUGGCUGCAGCGCAAAAUGUGGGACAUUGUUGCAGUUUUCCUCUUGCUCACGGUCGCUGAACUAAUCUGUGUUUUGUGUGCCCAAAGAGUGAUGCAUGAGCUCCAGGUGAUAAAAUCCUUCUAUUAAUGUCUGUUCCUGUUAAUUAAAAAACGUACAAUCCAAAAAA